AUAUAUUGCUGAGUGCGGCGAAAGACACCGCAGAAAUUGGUGUUUAUGAAGUUUCAACCCGAAAAUCUGAUCACUGGUUCACAUAUUGUGCAUUGCUGCAUCGCUAUUAAAGAGAAAACUAUUGAAUAACUUUAAAAAGUUCGGUUUUUCUUCCGAAUAUGCAUUAUGCAAUCUUUUGACAGCUCAUCAUACACAUCUGAUUCUGACAGCUGUGAAAUGGCUAUUUUGAAGCUUAAAGUAUACACGAGGUUAUUAAUUCCGAUGAUUCGUUUUUGCCGUGUGCAAGCUUUAAAUCUUUUGUGCAAGAUAUAAGAAGAAACUGAGCAGUAAAAACCAAUAAAGACAUAAUUGAAAGUUUGCUUUGAGCAAAUGAAAAGGGUGAAGGGUAAAAGAUUUGAAAAUAGAAUUUUUUUAAAACGUCAUUGGUUAUAGUUAUGCUCAAGGCUGGGACGUGACCGGUCGUGGGAGUAUGUAAUGUGGCAUAAAUUAAGUUGACCCUGCAGAUGAACAUGCAGGUGCAUGUUUGAUCUAAAUGCUAGAAAUGUAUACGUGGCAAAUUUGUUUUAUUUAAAGCCAAUGUAUCUAUCACAGUAUAUUUCUAAUAUUCUUUAUAGAUCUGACAAAAUAUCCAUUCAAUCAAGUGCCAGUGUUAGAGGUUGAUGGAACUAUAUUAUCACACUCAAUGUCAAUUAUGAAAUAUUUGGGAAAAGAGCAUGGUUAUGCACCUGACAGCAAUCUGGGACAAGCUCUGGCAGACGCCAUAGUCGAUCAAUGUCAAGAUUUGAUUAAUCAGUUCAUUUGGGUAUACUUGGCUGAAAAAGAUCCUGAGAGGAAGGAGAAACAAAAGAAGAUUUGGUUCGAAAAAAACUUACCUGCAACCCUAAGAGCGUUUGAAACAAUUUUGAAACGCGAUAAAACAAGAUAUUUUGUCGAAAACAAGAUAACGUACGCUGAUGUUGCAUUCUUCAGUUUGUUCAAUGUUUAUCUUGUACUUGGGAAACCAGAAGUGCCGGAAGAGUUUGCAGGAUAUCCGCUAACACGCUCCUUGUAUGAGCGUAUAAUGCAGGAACCAAGAAUAGCUGGUCACCUAAAGACAAGAGGAGCCUUUUAUAUGAGACAUUUUUCUCUCUCCAUUUAAUUUUUGAGAACCUCUCUUGUUAAAAAAUAUGAUG